AUGCUCGUCUUCGCUCUCUUGACCCCGAACCAGGUCGCCGCGGUUCGAAUACAGCCCACAAACUGUCUCCCAGAGUCAUUCCAAGCCCAGAAACCGCCCUUUAUCCAAUGGGUCCCAAUAGCAGCCGACGCCAGAUUCGAUACCGCCAACGACAAGCACAACUUUCGAUUCAUUGUUUGGGGCAAUGUUACCGGCUCUCUCAACCAGCAGCCCCUUCCAGGCCCUGGGUCUCGUGACUGGACCAACCCCAACAAGACGGAUGGCAAGAUCAUCAACUCGGAAAACUCGGCCAAUGGCACAACGGUGAAAAGCUCAAUCGGUACGCUGACGUACGUGCCGUGGAGCCAUCGCAACUUCUUUUGUGGAGAGGCUCUGGUUAAUGGGACAUGUCCCUUGGCGCCCGUCUUCAAUACAACGGGCAACGUGUCCUUGUACAACCUGCCGUCUAUGAACAUCACCAACGACAUGCUAUCGUCCUACUCAUUCGCGUCGUUUGCAGCUACCAUGUUGAUUAUAUUUGGCAACUCGGCCGGUACCAACAUCGGCUGCAUCUCUGCCGUCAUCACGCCGGAUCUCGGAAAGCUGUCGUGGGUACUCAAGACUUUACCCUUGGUAGUGCUCCUGUUUUCCGGGUUUGCUGUCGUCUUUGCCAGCAUCUUUAGCCCUUGGGGUAGCAGCAACGUGUUCCACUGGACAUCCAACUAUGGACGGGACGCCGACUUGCUUCGACUCGUCACCCCUGGUUUCGGGGACUGCUUACAGUAUCUUCAGUUUGCUGUGCUAUCAGGGGCUCUCUCUCUCAGCUACCCGGGAUUUUAUCAGCCGGUGGUGAGCCAGGCCGGCUGGUCCGCUCUCAUGUUUAACGAGAGCUUUGUCACUCACUCUCCUGGCUGGCAAAGCGUCCGCGAUGGUAUUUACGUGACAGAUACCUCGGACGGCUAUGGGCUGCAUUCCCUCGGACAACUAGUUGGUAUGCGUCAAAGCGCCGACAUUUGGGCGGGAAUGAUGGUUUGGCUCUGCGUCAUCAUCCUCGCAGUGUUUGCCCUGACACAGGCCGGCUUUCUGGCCCAGUGGCUUUACCGGAAGAUACAGCGUAUCCCGGAAGAGGAUCUGCGCGCCAAAAACAUCCCUUUCAGCGUAGGCAACGUCAUUCGGAUCGUCUUCAACUUUCUUUUGAUCCCCGUCGUCGCGCUGUCGUGCUUCCAGCUCGUUGCCGCAGGCGAAUCUCCAGCUUUCACCAUCGCCCUCGCCGCCGCGACACUGGCCGUGCUGUUCGGCUUCGCGAGCUACGUCCUACUGCUCGUCAUCCGAACGCGACCCAAGUCGGUUUUGUUCGACGACCUCCCCACGGUGCUUCGGUACGGUCCUCUGUACAACACGUAUUGUGACGAGGCGGCCGCAUAUGCGCUCAUCCCCGUGCUCCUCAACAUCGUCCGGGGAGUAGCGAUUGGAGCCGUGCAGCCGAGCGGCAUAUCCCAGGUUGUUCUACUCGCAAUCUGCGAAGUCAUCCAAGUAUUCACCCUGCACGCGUUCAAGCCUUUCCCGUCACCGACCUCUAUGAAUGCCUACCACACCCUGUUUUCGGUCCUGCGCCUUGCCUGCGUCCUCUUGAUGGUUGCCUUUGUCCCUAGCCUCGGGGUUACCGAGGGCCCCAAAGGGUGGAUCGGAUACGCCAUCUUGCUGAUUCACGGCGGUGUCCUAGCCCUCGGUUUCUUCUUGGGGGCUCUGCAGACCGUUGUCGAAGUCGUGGCGCGAUUGCUCGGCGCGGGCGGAGAUGACGUCACGGGUCUCACCCGUGGAGGCUUGUCCAAGAUAUUUGGCAUGCGGCAGCUCUCUCGCCGCGAAACCCACCGCGACGCGGCUUCCAGAGCCAGCCAGCUCUCCUCCAUGGCAAUGCUGCAUGCCGAAGAAGGGUCAAAGACGGUCUAUUCCAUGUCGCCCGGAAGAGUUCGCAGCGCUUCGGGCGCCAGCUACGGCGCAAUCAUGGCUCACCACCGCCAUCGCAGCAGCUCGGUGCUCGACAGCGUCGACGUGUACUCUGCCGGCCACCGCCACGCGGACACCAACAGCUCGUACAUACCAGGCACGCCUGGCGAAGCCAGCACGUUUUCCUUUCUCGCUUCGCCAACAAUCGGCCGUCCGAUGAUGCCUGCUCGCAUGGAGCCUGCUGAUCCGUACUACCGACCUCCGCGCCGAUCGAACAACCCCAACCUGAGAGAAUCAAUGUAUUCCGACAGCCCGCAGAAUACUCUGGGCGUGGAAGCCAAGCCGGCCAACCCGAAUCCUGGCGCAGCUGCAGAGGCGGCGGAUGCCGCUGCUGACGAGAUCCCGCGCGGCAUGACACCAGCGCCUCCGGGCGGCGCCAUGAACUUGCCGGCCAACCAGCCGGACUACGCUACUCGGGAAGUGGACUUUUACUACGGCGUCCGCGGUCCUGCUCUGAACUCGGACAACCCUGGUCGGCGACUGGGAACAGGUCCCGCCGAUCCGACGGGUCCGGUGGCCACUGCCACUGGUUGGUUCAGGAACUGGUUUGGCGGCAAGAGCAAGGAAAAGGGCAAAGGAUUCGAGGUUGUCCGAAGCUCGAGGAUGCCGCCUCACAUGGUGCGAAACGGAGGGUUUGGGGACGAAACGCCGCCAGAAGGAAUACCUGUCGCCAUGGGCGUCUUGAGGAACGGUCCGAUCGACUCGGACGACGACUCAAACGACGACGGCCCCGAUGCGAAGCGCCAAGCAAAGGCCCCGGAGCGCAGGCCCGACGACCUCCUCACGGAUGAUGGCGACCCGCGAGAAUCCGAUGUUGACGAACCUGCCCGCCCCAUCAGCCCAGUCAUCAGCCCCAUCAGCCCAGGCAUCAGUCCGGUCAUCAGUCCGGUCAAGAGGGAGCGCUCAACCCAGUCCAGAGGACGGCGAAGCAGCUCGGGAAGUGGUGAACUUGUCGAUUUGGCCUUGCCCGACAUUCCACGCAAGAGUUCUAAGAGAAACUCUGGCUCAGUGGACCCCCGGCGCCUGUCUGCCCUCUCCAUGGGAAGCUCACGUCUCUCUGCUGCUGCUGACCAUGGUUCUCCCGCCCAAGCGACCACGGGGAGCCAUGGGCCAUAUCUCUCCAACACUCCAGCGCCUCCUUCCGAGCAAACAGAGGCAGCGCCCAGGCGAACUAGUUCGAAGUCAUCCAGGAAAUUCCCUGUGGAUUCGAGCCAAGAUAAAGACGCCUUGGAUCAAGGUCCAGGGAGUGAGCGACCCGCGAGCUCGGGCACAGUUGCUCAGAUCAAUCGUGCCAACCCCCCUCAGCUACCGCCCCUCAACGUCUUUGGCGACUCUGCCGAUCUGUUGGACGACUUUUCCGACCUCAAGCAUGUUUGA